CUUCUCCCAGACGAAGGGGCAGGAUGUUUUUAUUCCCUCCGUGGCCAUUCUCCCUCGCUUUCUCCCGGCAGCCGGGCACAGCCGGCAGCCCCGGGGGAGAGGAGUUUGGGGGCGAGGGCUGGCGGAGCUGAUGUCAGCGCCGGGCGGCGGGAGCGAUUGGGCUGCGGGAGACUUUGCAGCAGCAAAUCCGCCCCCCUCGCCCCCCCCACCCCACCCCACCCCCGCACCAUCGUCUUCAAAGCGGCCGGUGCCCAGCAACUCGCAGAGGUGCAAAAAGUGGGCGCGGGUCCGGUAGAGCCGCGGCGGCGCCCCCGGGCAUCGCCCCGGCCGGGCCCGGCACGUCGGGGCGGAGGCGCGACCCUUCCCGCGGCGGCGCCGAGCGGAGCCGAGCGGAGCCCAGGCACGGCCCCGCCGGCCCGACCCACCGCCCUAUAAAAGCCGCCUCCAGAAAAGAGGAGAAACUCCGCGGGAGGAGAACACCUCGGCGCGGUGCUGUUCGCUGAGGUACCGUCAUGACAUCCGUCCUGGGCAGCGGCAGGGCGUCGGGAGGACCGAGCGGGCAGCUGAGAUGCAAGUCCAAGAGAAGGAGGAGGAGGAGAUCAAAGAGGAAAGAAAAACUAAGCAUACUGUCAACCUUCAUAGCACCCUUCAAGUACCUGAGUCCUGGCCCAACCACCAUGGAGGAUGAAGACAAUUUAAGUACCAGCAGUGCAGAAGUAAAGGAAAAUCGAAACAUUGGCAACCUGGAGGAUCAUCCAAUAGCCUCUACUGAGAGGGCAAGAGGGGGAACACCUAGCAGUAAGAGAAAAAGACCCUUAGAGGAAGGCAAUAAUGGCCAUUUCUGCAAACUCCAGCUCAUCUGGAAGAAAGUUUCGUGGUCAGUGACGCCAAAGAAUGCUCUGGUUCAGCUACACGAACUUAAACCAGGAUUACAAUAUAAAAUGGUUUCCCAGACAGGUCCAGUGCAUGCUCCCGUCUUUGCUGUUGCUGUGGAAGUAAAUGGACUUACAUUUGAAGGCACAGGACCCACAAAAAAGAAAGCCAAAAUGCGUGCCGCGGAGCUGGCCCUGAAGUCAUUCGUUCAGUUCCCCAACGCCUGCCAAGCCCACUUCGCCAUGGGAAACUGCAUCAACCCAUCCACGGACUUUACUUCUGAUCAGGCAGACUUUCCAGACACUCUCUUCAAGGAGUUUGAACCAUCUACACACAGUGAGGACUUCUCAGUCUACAACCCCGUUAACAACGAGUUGCUCUCCACCGCUUACCGACACGGGCGCUUGCUCUGCCACACGCUGGACUUAAUGGGCCACGGGAAGCAGAGCAAGCACAGGGUGGCAUCCAAAGCCGAGAGCGAGAAGAACCCGGUGGUGCUGCUGAACGAGCUGCGGUCGGGCCUGCGGUACGUCUGCCUGUCAGAGAGGGUGGAGAAGCAGCACAUCAAGAGCUUUGUGAUGGCCGUGCGAGUGGACGGCAGAACAUUUGAAGGCUCAGGACGUAGCAAGAAGCUGGCCAAGGGUCAAGCAGCACAGGCAGCCCUGCAGGCCCUCUUUAACAUUCGGCUGCCCAGCCACAUUCCCAGCAGGAGUAAAUGUCACCAUUUGCCACAGGAUUUUGCUGACUCCGUAUACCAAAUGGUUGCACAGAAGUUCCAGGAACUGACAGACAAUUUCACUUCCAUGCAUGCACGCCACAAAACUCUUGCAGGCAUUGUGAUGACCAAAGGUUUGGACAUCAGGCAAGCUCAGGUUAUUGUGCUGUCAUCGGGUACCAAAUGUAUAAAUGGGGAAUACAUUAACGACCAAGGGCUUGCAGUCAAUGACUGCCAUGCAGAAAUUUUGGCAAGAAGGGCAUUUGUUCACUUUCUCUACUCACAGCUGGAGCUGCACUUAAGCAAACGGCGAGAAGACUGGGAGCGAUCAAUCUUCGUGCGAUUAAAAGAAGGAGGGUACAGGCUGCGGGAGAACAUCCUGUUCCAUCUGUACGUGAGCACUUCACCCUGCGGAGACGCACGCCUCAACUCCCCCUACGAAAUCACAACCGACUUGAACAGCAGCAAGCACAUAGUGAGAAAAUACCGUGGGCACCUCCGAACAAAGAUCGAGUCCGGGGAAGGAACCAUACCCGUCCGGUGCCGCAACGCAGCUCAGACGUGGGACGGGGUGUUGCUGGGAGAGCAGCUCAUCACCAUGUCCUGCACAGACAAAAUCGCCAGAUGGAACAUCCUUGGGCUCCAAGGUGCUCUCCUCAGCUCCUUCAUCGAACCCAUGUACUUGCACAGCAUCAUUGUGGGAAGCCUCUACCACACUGGUCACCUUUCCCGGGUAAUGAGCCAUAGGAUAGAAGACAUUGGUCAGCUGCCAGCUUCGUACCGGCGCAAUCAGCUGCUUCUCAGUGGGAUUAGCCAUGCUGAUGCCCGUCAGCCUGGAAAAUCUCCCAGCUUCAGCGUGAACUGGAUUGUGGGGAACACCGACGUGGAGGUUAUCAAUGCCACGACGGGGAAGAGGACCUGCGGGAGUCCCUCACGGCUCUGCAAGCACAUGUUCUUCACUCGCUGGGCCAAGCUUCAUGGCAAGCUGAGCACACGAGUACUAAGCCAUGGAGACAUGCCAUCAGUGUACAGCGAAGCAAAGCUGGUGGCUCAGACGUACCAGUCUGUUAAGCAGCAGCUGUUUAAAGCAUUUCAGAAAGCUGGUCUGGGCACCUGGGUGAAGAAACCCCCAGAGCAAGAUCAGUUCCUACUAACUGUGUAAAUCACUCGGCAUCUUGGCUACACGACUGGAUCAAAUCAGCUGGAGAGAAGGCAAGGCAGGACGCAUGAGCAGAGCAAAUUGAAGCAGUUUGAGAUUUAAUAGCAACCUCCAUUGGAAUAUUUGCUUUUAAUUCUGUAUUGGAAAUACAUAAGUAGAAAUGUGUCUGAUGCACUGAACUCAACCUUAGAAAACUGCUUUUCCAUGAUCCCUUCCCAAGAAUGUACCUGUCCAAAUUGCAGUGCCAUCCCCACCAAGAUUCUGCUUUUCUUUUUUUAUUGCUGUUGGUUAUUACUGAUUUGAGGUGUUAGUGGGCCACCUAUCUGAUCAGAAAUAGAGUUUGUUUUCCUUCACACAAUCAGUGCAAGAGUCAUCACUGAAUAAUGGAAAAUAGUGAGCAGAGUUGGAAGUACACUGGGCACACAGCAUGGCAGCAGGUCUCAGAGCACCCAACAAUCAUUCACAAUAAAAGGUAUCUAACCUCUAUGCAAAAAUCAUCCUGCUAGCUGCCUAAAUCUGUGAGAAACAAUUUGGACCUCAAAGAUAUGCAGCACUUUUAAACUCCAUUUUCCACUGCUGGCUGUAGGCGUCAGGAUGCCCUUGGUUUUUACACAUAUUCCCUCUGACGCCUUGGAGAACCACUUCCCACCAAAUCUUCAGCUCUGGUCACAAGCUUUUGCAUUCUGUAAAUUUUACUUGUCCAGGCUCAAUUCAUCACACAUGCCCUUUAGACACCAUCUAGGAUGCAGAUCCUUGUCAAGAGGGCGAUUCAACCCUACACUGCCUGAAGACCGGUGAGACAAUGCUGCUGGCUCUGGAUCUUCACGUAGCUGCCUAAACUCAGGCAGGCUGCAACCAGGACCAAGCCAGAUUUCCAAGCUUCUGAUGAUCCACAGCUCUGAAUUAGGUGGGUGUGAGCUCAGGAUGCUCCAUGCAUCUGAACAAUCACUGGGUUGGGUACCCACAACUAAGACAUCCCCAAACGAGAGAGCACAUCUGAUACGUGGCUCUUUCCUGCCUCAGUUUCUCCACCUGUAAAAUGGGGAUAAUAAUGCUUAAAUGCUUCACAUCUAAGGAACUUGGCAGGAUCAAAAUGCUCUGGUUAUAUGCAACAGUGUAAGCCAGAUUCUGUCACUCUUGCAGUGAGUUUUACCUCCCCAUACAGUCCAAUUGACAUAAGCACAGCAGAUGCAUCUACAGGCUUGGGUAAGGUCUUACUGAAUGCAUGAGCUUUCAGAUUCCAGCUCUGUGUAAAUGCCAAGUGUUAUUAUUAUUAUUAUUCAUGUUCAUCUGCAGCCUGAAAAGCAGAUGGAGUUUUUCACUUAGGAGACAAGUAUCCCCCAACAGUUAAAUAUUUUUUUCAUAACUGUGGCUGGGUCUGAUACAAUCUCAUCUUUGAACCAUCCCAAAUUUCAUCAGAACACAGAAGAUACAGUCAAGAGAGAACUGAGCUUUGACAGUACCACUGAAAAUCCAACCUUCAAAUGCCCUGUACAUUUCUCUAAGUUUUUAGGUUUUUAGAUGACAGGAUUUGCGGGUAUAUGACUACAGUUUUCUUUUUAUUCCUGUGAUUCUCUUUAAAUCUGUAUAUAACAUGCUGCUACUGAUUUGUGAUAAUUGUCUUGGUAUUUUCUCAGAACUGUCAAGCUGAGUUACUUUUCAAACAACACAAGGCUCAUAUUUUUCCAUGUAAUUUCCUUUACACAGAAACUGUUCCUAUCAAUAAAGAUAGAUGCUCUUUGUAUAGGGUUUAUCAUGUUUGGAGAGCCAUAUACAGUAAAUACAUUGUUUAUUGAUGCCCACAAUAGAAUAGCUACAGUAUUUUGAUGAGAUUUUAUUUUUAGAUUAUAAACUACAAGAUGUAUCUAUAGUGUCUUGUAUAAAAACAAUUGUGAUAAACUAGAAUUUUUAAAUUAGAUAAAACAAAGCUCUCCCCUUCCAGAAACCUUUUCAACAAAAUAAUACAUUCCAUAUUAACUACCAAAAAUAUUUAAAAAAAUAUCCUUAGAGUAGAAAUAGUUUAAAAAAAAAAAAAAAGAAAAGAAAAAAAAAAUCAACCAAAAACAUGAGAUGUUUCAAUAAUGGAAACACCUUGCGGUAACCACUUUAUCAGUACUUUGACCACUUUGUCAGCUCUGCUGAUUAACAUUCAGAAUAUUUUUGGCACCUUCUGGAGCUUCCAGGUACCUCCACAUGGUCCUGACCUCUAACACAGCUGUCACUGGUGCAGACCUCCAGCGUGACGGGUGCCCAGAGGGGCACUGGGCAGGUGGGGGGCCAGGCCCAUGACUGGAGGUGUUGGACAAGCUGCCAGUGACAUUGGCAGUGGUGGUUCCAGGGGCUCUGGCUGCUCCCACCAAGGGAGAGAAACCACAGGGCAAUCAGAGAGGAGGACAAGGUUUUCUCAUGCAGAGAUCCACAGGGCAGGGGAAGCACGUCUUCUGCUUUUCCUCUCCAAAUUCAUCCUUAUCUAGCACACAAGAGACCUCAAUCGUUCUUCCUUACAUCUCCCUGCCCUCAUUCAUCCUCCUCCAGCUAUGGCAUGAUGUCAACUCAGUUAAUGCACAUAGUUCCACAGGCUGGUGUUGCAGCUCCUGUGACAACAAAGCACCAUGCCUGGUUAUUUUUAAGGACAUAAAGAAAAUCGCAGUGGGACUGAAUUAGCCUUUGUGGCAGGAAAUACAUAAAUGCAACCCUGGAUUCAGCUGCCAGAAUAAAUUUAAUACUGGGGACCAAACUGAGUACCCCCUGCAAGUGGGCAUCAGCUCAUCUCAUUGAAGGCAGUGGAGUUGCACCUCCUUGCACCAGGGUUGGAUAUGACCUUAAAUAUCUAUUUCUUCUCAUUAUGUGCAGCGACAGUGUGAUGGGACCUCAUCCCAGAAGCACACAUGACCUACAUGCAGCAUUUACUGAAGCAAAGGAAAAAACGCUCAGUAGUAAUUCUGCAGUGAAGACUCUGUACAUAACCCGCAUGAAUGAAUGGCAAUACUGUACUAAUGGAUGUACAUUUGUAAUAUUUGUAAAAAAAAAAAAAAAAGAAAGACAAAAGACAACGAAAGAAAAUAAAUCUGAAUUUACAUAUGUGAAUUUGCUGCUAAGUUCUGUAAAUUGCACUUCAGUGAUACCUGAUAAGUGAAUGUUUCUGUUAAGUGAAUAAAAUGCCAAGUAAAAUUGU